AUGGAUUCCUCAAAGUACCCUCUUGGAAAUAUUGCAAUCAUCUUCAUUCUCUUCGCUGGUGUUCUUUACGACAUCAAAACGUUGAAGUUUCCAAUAGAUGAGCUUGAAUUGGCUUUAGAGAAAGCCUCAACACCAAACAAAACAGUGAUUAUUGCUGUAGUCAACAAGGCUUAUGCAGAACAAGGUGUCAAUACUGAAACAACAAUGCUUGAUCUUUUUGUUGAGAGUUUUUGGCUAGGAGAGGACACUAGGCCACUUCUUGAUCAUCUGCUCGUAGUUGCUGUCGAUCAGACUGCUUAUGAGAGGUGUUUAUUCAAGAGGCUUAACUGUUAUAAGCUGGAAACGGAAGGUGUUGAUUUUGGAGGAGAAAAGGUUUUCAUGUCACGAGAUUUUCUCAAGAUGAUGUGGAGAAGAACUCUUUUGUUAUUAGAUGUUCUCAAGCAUGGCUACAACUUCAUUUUUACGGCAUGCAAGUAUUUUGGGGCUGAGGUAGGACGGAGACAUGAGGGGAUAGUUUCAUUGGGGGGUUGCCACCGUGAUAGAACCGUCAAUGUCCCAAAAGUUUGGAAAUCAAGGUAUUGGGAGCUGGGACUUUGA